UGGUUUAGCUUUCUUUCUCCUUUCAACUGUCACAAAAUACACAUAAACUCUCUUUCUCUCUCUAGAUAUCUGCAAAUCAUCGAGUUAAAGGAUGGGUAACAAGAUCAUGCAAGUGAAGCUGGUGUGUAGGUUGUACUUGGAGAUAUGGGUACAGGGAAAUCCAGUUUGGUAUUAAGAUUCGUUAAAGGCCAAUUCUAUGAGUACCAGGGAUCUACAAUUGGAGCAGCAUUCUUUAGUCAGGUUUUGUCAUUUAAAGACACUGCUAUAAAAUUUGAUAUAUGGGAUACAGCAGGACAGGAGCGAUACCAGACCUUAGCUCCAAUGUAUUAUCGCGGUGCUUCUGCUGCUGUUGUUGUUUAUGACCUCACUAGCAAGAAUUCAUUUGAACGAGCUAAGAAAUGGGUUAAUGAAUUACAGAAGAGUGGAAAUCCAAAUAUGGUAAUGGUUUUGGUGGCUAAUAAGGCUGACUUGGAAACUAUAAGGGAGGUGACAGAUGAGAUGGGUGAGAAAUAUGCUAGGGACAAUGGUCUGCUUUUCUUUGAAACUUCUGCUAAAAGUGCAAAGAAUGUCCAUGAGCUUUUCUAUGAAAUAGGCAGAAGAAUACCAAAGGAUGCAUCUUCAAGUCCGGGUAGUGGAUUGAAGUUGCAUACCAUCAAUCAAGAAGAAAGAAGCAACAAAAAGUUUUGUUGCUCUAAUUGAUUUGUAACCUCUAUCUGAAGAACCACUUUUUAUUUGAAAUGGGUCUCACAGUAUAUUUG